UAUGUCGCCCAAAGGCAUCACAAGUUUGUCAUCCUGUUUCUGAUACCUUUUGCACUCACUGAUAACCGAUUUUUGAACCUUCACUCGUCGACGCAAAAAUAUGUCCCGCGAAGAAUCCUGCACUGCUCCGGCCGCCGUAGACUUUCGGCCGAUGAACUCUCCGGGUGGUUACGAUGUGAAUACUGCGGUUUAUCAUUCACUCGUCCAGCUUGAUGAAGCUCCUAAGAUCUCCACCAGUCCAGACCUCGACACGGCUACUUUCGUUUUAUCGCAGUUUCCGACGGCCGAAUCGCGAGUUGCUCUUAUCGACUCGGUCACGAGCUCGCGAGUUACUUAUGGAAAACUCAGUGCGUCGACUCGUUCCCUCGCUUACGGACUUUAUCACGCACUUGGAGUUCGAAAAGGCGAUGUGGUGUUCGUUUUAUCCGCGAAUUCUGUUUUGUAUCCGGUGAUCUGUUUGGCUGUGUUGUCGAUUGGUGCGGUGAUAACGACGGCUAAUCCUGUAAAUACUGCGUCGGAAAUCGGAAAGCAAGUGAGCGAUUCAUGUGCGAAACUCGCUAUCUCGGCUCCCGAGGAGCUUCACAAAUUGAUUCCGACUGGAAUACCGACGAUUCUAACUACUCGGCCUUCUUAUGGCGAUGUUUUGUCGGUUGAAGAGUUGAUCGAAUCCUGUAUCGAAUCGUUUGAGCAAAUGCCGAAAACGAAAAUCACUCAGUCGGAUACAGCGGCUAUCUUGUACUCGUCGGGAACUACCGGGACGAGUAAAGGUGUUGUUCUAACGCAUUCAAAUCUUAUCUCAGUUAUCGAACUUCUAACCUGGUACGUGGACGCGAGUUCCUCUCAAGACGACGUGUUUUUGUGCUUCGUUCCGAUGUUUCACAUCUACGGCCUCGUCUUCUUCGGACUCGGACUCUUCUGCAGAGGAACUACCAUUGUUUUGAUGCAGAGAUUCAAUUUCCAGUCCAUGAUCGACGCUAUUGAAACGUACAAAGUCAAUAACAUACCGGCAGUACCUCCGGUGAUCUUAGGGCUAGUGAAAUCGAGCAGUGGUUCAGAUUUAUCAUCGCUGAGACGUAUUGGAUCUGGAGCUGCACCGCUGGGAAAAGACGUAGAAGAAGCUUUCCGAGAGAAAUUUCCAUGGGUGGAGCUUCGGCCAGGAUAUGGCUUAACAGAGAGUACCGGCGCAGCGACUUGCAUGAUUACAGACAAAGACGCAAGAGCUCAUCCAGGUUCAUGUGGAAUGUUGAUGCCGAGAUUUUGUGCAAAGAUCGUAGACAUUGAAACAGGAGAGGGACUACCGCCGAUGAAGGAAGGCGAAGUGUGGCUGAAGAGUCCAACAAUUAUGAAAGAAUAUCUCAGAAACAAGGAAGCAACAGAAGCCACCAUGGAUAAAGAAGGAUGGAUGAAAACAGGAGAUCUCGGAUACAUAGACGAAGAUGGCUUCCUUUACAUCGUUGAUCGAAUCAAGGAACUGAUCAAACACAAUGGAUAUCAGGUUGCUCCAGCUGAACUGGAAACAAUUCUUUUGAGCCAUACAGAAAUUCUAGAUGCUGCCGUUAUACCAGCUGAGGAUGAAGCAGCCGGCCAGAUUCCGGUGGCUUGUGUGGUGAAAGCACCCAGUUGUAAGCUCACAGAAGAACAGGUCAUCCAAUUUGUCGCUUCCCAGGUGGCAGCCUACAAGAAGAUAAGAGGGGUGAGAUUCAUGAGUAGCAUUCCAAGGUCACUUGCAGGCAAAAUCUUGAGGAAGGAUCUUGUCUCACAACUCAAACAACAGGUUUUGUCCAAACUCUAAAGACCCUUCAAAAUAAAUUAUUCAUAUGAUAUCUAUAAUAUAUGAUGGGAGAUCACUUUGAACCAUAUAAUAAUAAUAAUUAAUAACAAAAAUUCACCUAUAUAUUCCAAA